AUGGCAGACCCCGCGCCCAAGUCCUUCACAGAACAACUCGCCUUCCAACAGCUGGGCGAGAACUCAUGGACAACACUCCACCCGCCGCAGCGCAUGGGCAACGCGCUUCCCAUCGCGUACGGCGGCUACGCGCUCGCCGUGGCAUGCAAGGCCGCCUGUCUCUCCGUGCCCAAGGGCUACCAUCUCUACUCGUUUCUGGGCAACUAUCUCGGCCCCGCGUCGACGGACCGGCCGCUGCGUGCCGUUGCGCGCACAAUCCGGCAGACGCGCACGUUUGCCACGCGCCAGGUGCAAGUCAGCCAGAUCCAGGACGACGGGACGCCGCGCGUGUGUCUCUCCGCGACGGCGGACUUCCAGGCCCCGGAGCAAGGGAGCGUGCUGGUGUACUCGCGCCCCCCGUCGCGGCAGUACGCACACCACGUGGGGCUGCCGUCGACGCUCGACGCGGCAGCGCAGCUGCUGCAGGCGGGCAAGAUCAGCGCCGCGCAGCACGCCGCGUUCGCAGCUGCCUUCGCCGUCGCGGCGGGGCUGUUCACAUCCCGGCCGUGUCCGGAGGGCGUCUUCGCGCAGAACCUCUCUGGCCUCGCCAAGGCGCUGCCGCACUCACAGGACGCGCUGCCGCUGUCUGCGCGCACAACCGCAGACUGGUUCCGUAGCGCCACACCCCUCGACACGUCCGCGGAGCACCUGGCGGCGCUGGCCUUCUACGCCGACGGCGCGCUGUCGUUUUGCCCGCUGAGCUUCAGCCAUUUGUAUCUCGAUGACAGCGCGGCGUGUUCGAGUCUUGACUUCGCGCUGCGGGUUUUCGGGCCCGUGGAUGUGGGCGAGUGGCUGUUGCGGGAGAUCAGCACGAGUGUGGGGGGCGAGGGGCGGACGUUUAGCGAGUGCUGGAUCUGGGAUGAACAGGGGAGGGCCGUGGCGUGUAUGAGCCAGCAGAGCAUUAUGAGGGUGUUGCCGGGCAAGGGGAAGCUAUGA